AUGCUUCAUGAGAUCCUCUUGUCCUUAUCCGGCCUCCAAUCACCCAUCUGGUCGCACGCGGGGUCCACCGCAGGAACGGGCGACGAAAAGACGUUCAGUCAAUAUGUCUCACCCCCAGAACGGGCAAUGCUGGCGACCCUAGGUCAUCUGCACGAUUUACACACUCUCAUCAAGGGCGCGACAUCAAGUUUGUCUACAACUCACCGGUCGAUGGUUUGUCGAGCAGUCAGUUCGUCAAUCGCAGACGUCCACUUGAGCAAAUUUGUGGAUAAGAUCAUAGAGGUGGAAUCAUGCAUAUUACAAAAGGAUGCCGCCUAUGUCGGAGCUUAUGAAGUCGUGCCAUUGAGUACUCUUGUGGCGGAGUUUGCACCAUGGACGAGACGAUUGGAAUGGCUAUGGUCGGUAGUCCUGCAUUUGGACCCUCAUUCCACGCAGAAUGUGAAGAACCGCUCGCCUUCUGGGGCUAGCAUUCUGGAUUGGUUGGAAAACGAGACACACACCGGAUACUCUGAUAUUGAGGACAUGGCAAUUGCACUCCUGACUGUUGCCCAGAAAGCCUGGAUGCGAGCUGCAUCGCUGUGGGUGCUUUAUGGGCGACUGCCAACUUCUGGAGCUGAGGAUUUCUGCAUCAAACCAAAUUCCAAACCAUUAUCGGUGAUGGAUUCAUACAUCCUCGACUAUUCACUCGCACCAAAGUUCCUAAAUCCGGGGACAAGCAGUGCUCUACUUUCAGCCGGCAGUGCUCUGAGCCGGUUAUAUUCACAGACAGUGUCGUUUGGGCCAUUACUGAGCGUAUCGAGUGACGCAUCCUUGUCUUUGCUACCAACACAUUUGGCAUUGCUGGAGUCCUUGCAGUACCCAUUGAAUCCAGCAUUGGUGGAAAACACAAUCUGUUCCAUUAAUCAAUCGAUAUCCGAGAACGCCUUAUCCCAAGUCCUCCCUCGACCACUAGUCAUGCAGCUGCUGCAAGUCAUCUUGCGCUACAUGCUCCUCAAUCAUGGUGAAUUUGCAGUGUCGUUGAUCAACCAUGCAGACGAUCGAGUAGUCAACCAUCGACAAACACCCAAUACUACUCGUCCGGUGAGGAAGAUUGGAAGACUCGAUGAACUUACAAUUAAGGAGGCUGAGCUGAAGGGUAUAUUGAACAAGACCAUGGCAGAGUUAUCAGCGCUACAAGUUGACGACGACAUGGAAGACGACACUCUCAACCUAGCAAGGAAGCUAUUAUCUCUUCGGACUGUUGAUGAGAAGAACGAGCUUGAUCGGGAUCUGGUGUCAACGCUGUUGCCGACCCCGACCAUUUUGCACUUGACAAUCCCCAACGCUUCACCAUUGCAUAUUUUCCUAUCUUCAAGCGAUGUGCGGAUGUAUUCAUGCAUCAAUGCUUAUCUGGUCUCGAUCCACAGAGCAGGGCUGCAUUUGUCCGCACUAUGGAAGCUGUCAUCACAUCGCAGAUGUUAUCCUUCUCCCAUGGGGCCCCCUCAAAGCGCCUCACAAUAUGGGCGGCAAAUAUUGGCAUCUCGAAGAGCACGGGACGCUCGACGUUCGACAAGGACCAGGGCAUACUGGACCACUGCCAGCAGAGCUCUGUUCAUGAUCAAUGAGCUCGAGGCAUUCCUGCAGGGUGAGGUGAUCCAGGGCAGUUGGACGCACUUUUCAAACUGGCUAGACGGCAAUGAUGGACUGUAUCCAUCAUCAGCAAAGUCGUCGAGACCAGGCACGGCGUCUUCAGCUGGGCAAACCGGGACCGCAGAAUCAUCCAACCAUGAGGCGAGUACGAUGCCAACUGAUCCUCGGACCAUGGCAGAGGCCCAUCGGCGAUAUUUGCACGCCCUAUACACGGCGUUAUUCCUUACGAAUGUCGCAUUUGUUGCAAAACUCAAAGACUUCUUGAGUCAAGCCGACCACUUCAUCGCGCUUUUCUCCCGCUUGCAAACAGUGUGGGAGGGGCUGGACCUCCAAGAGGACCAAGGCGUAUUUGAUGCAUUCUCUAACUACGCACAAGAUGAGAUAGAUGUUCUCGCCGAAAUGGAUCGUACAAGAACGUCGAUAGAGAUUGCACUUUCGGAUCUGGUGACGGAAAUUCGAGACAUGGAGAAGGAAAAAUGGACCGGAGUGGGACUGAAUACUACCAGUCUCCAGGAGAGUAUGGAUAGAAUCCAGUUGAAUGGACAUGGCACCAAAUUCGUGCCGUGGCAGGCCCGGACAGUGGAUCGAUUGGUUAUGAAACUCGAUGGCCUUGUAAUGAGACAGGACGAGGACAGAGAUCAGACUGCAGCCGGCCUUGUGGAUGCGUAUGAUGACUGA